GCUCAGCAUGAAAUGUUCACGUUCUCUAUUCCAACCAAGUACAUAGAAAAUGACAAUGAACAGCAUUUUGACUUUUCAAAAGCAUAGCUCUAACUCUCCAAAUUAAUCCUCGAACAACCGGCAAACAAAAAGUAUUGUGCAAUCGAGAGAUGAAACUUCGCCAGCUCUGCCUAAUGACGUGGAACGCGCCGCUGCAGAUUCAUUUCCGGGUGGCGCCGCUUGUGUUUUCCCUGACGGGUGGAGUGAAGUGAAGCGCUGCGCGCGGCCCGGGCCGGACCGGCGCUAACGGUAACGGCAACGGCUUCUGCACGGGGCAGGCGACGCAUCACAAAGGAGCGCGCGGCUUAAUUCAACCGACGCCAUUCGGCACGCGCGACGGCCGGGCUGGGCUGCGAACGGAGCGGAGCGGAGACGGCUCAUGACACGGCGCUGAUCAGCCCGACGGCGGAAUGGUGUGUGCCCGCACUCCUCGCACCAUUUCCCUGUGUCGAGCUCAUUCUCCCCCGAGAGUAAUCUCCGAGCGCAGUGAUCCGAAGUACCUGGCUGACCUGCUGCCCCUGCCACGGACAUUGCCAUCGGAGAGAUCCCUCGUUGGCCUCUGAAAGACGAAGGCAAGCGCGCUCGCUGCUCGCCGACUUGGAGGGGAUUAGGUCUUGGUCGCUGUGAACUCUGUUGUGCGGAGUGCGGUCUCAGUGAAAAUGUGUCGUUAAAGAAGGAGCGGAGAAGUCAGUCCGUCCAACCCACACCCAUCGAGACGGUGCUGUGGGGUGGUGCUGUCCAGCUGGUUGUCAACUCAAAUUUAAUUCUGCACUAUCUGAAUUAGUACCAUGAGAAGGUUUGCGUAUUGUAAGGUGGUUUUGGCCACCUCUUUGGUGUGGGUGCUACUGGAUAUGUUCCUACUCCUUUACUUCAGUGAAUGUAACAAGUGUGAACAGAAAAAAGAACACGGUCUGCCUGCUCGUGAAGAUGUGAUACAGAAACCACAAGAAGGUCCUGGGGAGAUGGGGAAGCCUGUAAUAAUCUCAAAGGAAAAACAAGAAAAAAUGAAGGAGAUGUUUAAAAUCAAUCAGUUCAAUUUGAUGGCAAGUGAUAUGAUAGCUCUCAACAGGACUUUACCUGAUGUCAGGUUAGAUGGAUGUAAAACAAAAGUAUAUCCUGAUGACCUGCCAAGAACAAGUGUGGUGAUAGUUUUUCACAAUGAAGCAUGGAGCACACUGUUACGAACUGUGCACAGCGUGAUAAUCAGGUCACCAAGGCAUUUAUUAGAAGAGAUUAUCUUGGUGGAUGACGCCAGUGAAAGAGAUUUUUUGAACAAGCCUUUAGAGAAAUAUGUGAAGAAAUUGCAAGUACCAGUUAAAGUUCUGCGCAUGGAACAGCGCUCCGGUUUGAUUCGAGCAAGACUGAAAGGGGCAGCAGCUUCUACCGGACAAGUGAUCACUUUCUUGGAUGCACAUUGUGAAUGCACACUGGGCUGGUUGGAGCCUCUACUAGCAAGGAUUAAAAAUGACAAGAGUACAGUGGUGUGCCCAAUAAUUGAUGUGAUUAGUGAUGACACAUUUGAGUACAUGGCGGGUUCAGAUAUGACUUAUGGUGGAUUUAAUUGGAAACUGAACUUCCGUUGGUAUCCUGUACCUCAACGAGAGAUGGAUCGAAGGAAAGGUGACCGAACAAUACCAGUAAGAACGCCCACCAUGGCAGGAGGACUUUUUUCAAUAGACAGAGAUUACUUUGAGUUAAUAGGAACGUAUGAUGCAGGCAUGGAUAUAUGGGGAGGAGAAAACCUAGAGAUAUCUUUCAGAAUCUGGCAAUGUGGUGGUACUUUGGAGAUAGUUACUUGUUCACAUGUAGGCCAUGUAUUUCGUAAAGCUACUCCUUACACUUUUCCUGGAGGCACUGGUCAGAUAAUAAACAAGAAUAAUAGAAGGCUCGCAGAGGUCUGGAUGGAUGACUUCAAAAGUUUUUUCUAUAUUAUUUCUCCUGGUGUUACGAAGGUUGAAUAUGGAGACGUAGCAGCACGCAAAGCUUUGAGACAAAAGCUGUCAUGUAAACCUUUCUCUUGGUUCCUGGAAAACGUUUAUCCUGACUCCCAUAUUCCACGGCAUUAUUUCUCCCUGGGAGAGAUUAGAAAUGUAGAGACAAAUCAAUGUCUAGAUAAUAUGGCAAGAAAGGAAAAUGAAAAAGUGGGAAUAUUUAACUGUCAUGGUAUGGGAGGCAAUCAGGUGUUUUCUUACACUGCAAACAAAGAAAUUAGAACAGAUGAUUUGUGCCUAGAUGUGUCCAAACUUCAUGGCCCUAUCAUGAUGCUGAAGUGUCACCAUCUAAAAGGCAAUCAGCUUUGGGAGCAUGAUGCUGUGAAACUAUUCCUGAUGCAUGUGAACAGCAAUCAGUGCUUGGAUAAAUCCACAGAUGCAGACAGCCAAGUGCCCACCAUGAAGGAUUGCAAUGGAAGCCGCUCACAACAGUGGAUUUUGCGCAACGUCACACUCCCUGAGGUUUUCUGAUUGGUCAGCUCUGAAGAUUUAAUGGGCUACCUCUGUGCACCUUACUGCUAGAUCUGUACUUAAAAUGAACUUUCAUCUUAGCAGCGAAUAGGUUCCUCCUCUGAGCAUGUAGACUACUUGAAGGAUAUUGUGAAUCUGCAUUCCUUCUUUGCGGUUUGAAACUACAGACUUCGGAGAAACUGUGCGCACUGAUGUUUACAAUGUUUCUAACUGAUUUAAAAAGGGGAAGGUGGGGCUGGCAAGAUUGUUUAAAUCUUAGUGAAUGGACUUGCACUGCUCAUUAAGUAAAUAUGAUUUAAUCAAGGAAGUGGUCCUGACACAUCACCAUUUUCCCGUAAGCAGCAUAUCAUAGUAAUUUAAUUGCACAAUUGUAUUUGUAUUUGUUUGAAAGUGUGGCAUAGACCCCAGAAAUGUUCAUAAAAUCACAAAAUAUCUUGGUUUAUUUGUGGUGACCAAUAUUGCGUCUUAUCAGUGCAAGAAUACAAUGAACAUAUAUCAAACAUACAUUUAAAUCACUUUUGUAUAAAUACAAAAUCUAUUUAACUGGGACAGAAUUCAUGGAAAAAUGAAUAUUACAAUUAUGAGGAAUUUAAUUUUGUGUAGAUUUUUAUAUCUCAAUGAAGAAUUAACCAGUUCUGAUUUACAAAUUGUGAACCUUCUGUUUUGUUUGCCAUGGAAUUGUUUCAGUUAAUUCAUUCGUAAUGAGGGGAAAUUGAAAAUUAGAGGCCACAUAGAGACGGGAAAUUAUAGAGAUGUCUUUUUAUUUUCUUCACAUAUGUUAUUUCAUUUAAUUUUUUCCCCUUUUAUAACUUCUUGUUCGGGUUCUGUAGGCUGUUAAAUUUUGUUUUUGGCUCCUUCCUGACUUCUUCUCCUUGAAUUAUUCGAACUGCUGCUACGAACCAGUCGAGGAUCAUUUCAUUAACCAGCUUCUGAAAUACAGUGAAUAAAUGUUUCUGUAUAGUUCGGCUUUGUAUUCUUGAUGAAUAAUGCAUUUCCUCAUAAUGUUAGGAGUGUGUGUGGCCUAGCUUUAUCGGAUGUAGAUUUUUUUCCCCCCCUUUUUAUAUAUUUUGUUUUAUAAACAAUAAAAUUCACUAUAUGUUCUCAUCAGUGGGCUGGGCUGGUCUGGACUGCAGCUGGGUUUUUGCAGGAUAAAAUCUUCAUUCCGUCCACAAAACAGUUCCUGCUACUCCACUAUUUGCAUAACUAUACUAGAUUCUGUGAAAUACUGGUGAUUGCUUUUUCCUAAUAAAAGAUUUGAAACUGA